AUGCCACAGGACCAGCGGGACACCGAUGCCCCAAAGUGGCACUCCGCGGAACGAGAUGGCCCAAGGGAAUCUGCAGGGAGCGCUGGACAUCCUAGCAUGUGCAAGCCCUGCGCAUUCUACUGCUUCACACUCAUUGGCUGCCGAGCAGAUC